AUGCUCUGCGGCCGCGGCGCGGCGGCUCUCGAGCUCGGCCGGAAGGACGAGGCGGCCAGCGGCCAGCGCAGCGGCGGAUUUCAGGAAGGCUUUGGCCGGCCACCGAGGUCUUUAGAGUACUUGGAGGUGCACUGCAGAGCCUGGGGGCGCGCGGCAGCUGAGGCCCUGAACCCGAAGGACUCCUUUGCCAAGUGGGCCCUGAAGAGCAUCGGCGCCAGAGGAAGCCAGAGUCGCGGAGGUCCCGCGAAGGCGGCAAGAUGCGGCAAGGCCGCGGCAAGGCUGCAUCCACUGGUUGCCACCUUUGCUGUCAGGCCGGCGGAGGCGUCGCGAUCAGCGCGCCCAGACAUGCAGGCGAGCGCACGAAGCACAGCAAAGCCUGUGACCUAUGGAGUUGUUGCUAGCCCAAUUUCCCCGGACUGUGUGGACUCCGAUACGUCGGAUGCUGGCUCACCGCCUCACCAUGAUCAGGAGGCCCCUCCCCCGACACUCAGGACAACGCCAGAGACGCCUUCCGCAGAGCUAACCCUGGCUCUGAGCGUCUCAAAACCCAAAGCCCCACCGCAGCCACCACCCAGGGACGUCUGCUCAGCCAAAGAAGCAGAGCUCGUCCCCAUGACCCCACCUCCCCCGUCUAUGACACAAAAACCCAUGCAAUCUUUGGAUGUCCCGGCCAUUGCGGCCACUGCCAUGCCCCAGGCAGUUCCUUCAGCUCCGCCGACUCCGGUGGCGACGCCUGAAACAACGCCUGAAACACCGUCCACAAACCCCACAUCAAUCCAGGACAGACCAGCCGUGCCAGCCGAUCGGCCAGUCCGGGUCCGGGCGCACGAAACGCCCUCCACAGCCCCUGCGUCAAUGCAUGCACAUGCGGACGCCCCCGAGUCCCCGAAACUGUCGCAUCAGGAGGUGGCAGCCCGCUUCGUCUCUGCCUUCUCGGAGCCCGAUACAUGGCCAGACUAUCUGCCAGACUCCAUGAAAGCGCCCCCAGAGCCACAGCCCAAAGCCCCAGCAGUGGCAGUGGAGACGCCACCGCGGAAAGCGGUGCCCAGAGCAAAGAAGCGACCCGCGGAGCCAGCGCCAGCGCCUCUGCCGCCUGCGCCGCCUGUUGCGCCGCCCGUGCCCGCAGCUUAUAACGGGCGCCGAAGCAGCCGACUGCAGGCCAAGGCCGACGAGGAGAAGGCCAAGGUCGCUGAGGCAGAAGGGCCGAUGCAAAGCAAGCCGGAAGCCAAAGGAAAGGCCAAAGCCAAGGCGAAGGAGGCGGCCAAGGCCAAAGCUAAGGCCAAGGCCAAGGCUGAUGCCAAAGCCAAGGGCAAAGCUAAGGCCAAGGCUAAGGCCAAAGCCGCCGCGUCCGUGUUGGAGGAUGAGCAGCCUCUGUCGGACCUGCUGAAGGUCGGCCUGGCAGAAAAGGGGCCAGAUGCACAGGUCUACAAGUUUGAGAGUCUCCCUAUCGAACUUCACAGACGUGUGAACCCCCAGUGGCUCCUCUAUUUGGCAGGCGGCUUUCUUGUCACACUGCUGACGCCACUGCUUUGGGGCUCCCUGUUUUACAGCCACACGGUGCUGCGAUUACCGGAUGCGGCCACGCUUUUAGACUUGCAGGUCUCGCUCUCCGGGUGCGACGUCCUUACGGUGCCUGGGUCCAGCGCAGAGGCCCAUCUCAGCUAUUGGCAUCUCUUGGGUUCCGGAUCUAUGGAAAUCGUGAACCACACGCUGCGUGUGCACGCCAUGUACAACCGCAAGUUCGUCAUGCUCGGCUGUGUGUUUGUUCUUCAUUUGCCUGAAUUCAGAGCAGGAUCUGCCCAAUUCAAUUUCAACUUCGUCAACAUGACUGUUCAGAAGGAUGGCUUCAGCGAGGGCGAGGACUCCCAAACUUCGAAGCAGAUGACGAGCGUAAGCAUCUCUGAUAUGCAUGUUCGUGGAGGCUUUCAUCUUGAUGUCUCAGCGACGGCACGCACCACUCUGUCCGACAUCAGAGCAGCAUCGCUUCAGGCCCAUGUCAAGGGUGGCUACAUUGGACUUCACCACAGCCGGGCCGAGCAUGGCAAGGCUGACAUCCACGCACAGGAUGCGAUGGUUUCGAUCAGCACAAGGGGCGUUCCUGUUAAGGCCGAAAUCCCAGAUGACAUCUUCAAAUAUGCAGCAGUGGCAGCGCCCACUGUCCACCAGGUGAGCAAUGCUACCGGCAGGCUACGCCUGUAUCAGCUGUCGGGCCUACCGGCUGGUGGUUGGGUUGACGAAGCGCUGGAAGUCAAGGUUGAUGGAGAAGGCAGCACGGCCUACAUCCAGGCAUCCGACCCUGUGACAAGUCAGAUGUGCAAGACGUCGCUGCAGGUCAUGAGGGGCUCUGCGGCAGCCGAAGAGGGCACGGUGCUUCUGCCUGCAACCCGAGAGCUCCUUGGUAAGCUUUCGAAGUGGCUGCAUACAGCCAAGGGUAAACAGGAGCCUAGGUACGUGGUGAACGUGCACCUCUUGGCACCGAAUGCCCCUACCGGCAUGCUGAAACUCCUCUCGUCCACAGUGUACCACGCGAUGUCGCUGUCUCUAGCCUCGAUUGUAACAGGCGGAAUGUUGCGGCCGCGUGUGCUACGGAUCGUAGCACCGGUCUCCGGCAUGCGCUGGCUCUUCCCGCAGGAUGCAUGCGAUUCUGCCAAUUCUGCCAUCGGGAAUCUGGAUGAUGCACAGCUCCGCUUCGGAGAGCAGCAGCUGCAAGCCAUCUCGCCGGAGGUGGACAUCGUGGGCAUGAACCUCACCUCUGCGAGGUGGAUUUGGGAUCCCAAGGGUUCCAAGGCUUUCGUGUUUGAUAAGGUCGAUGCGAAGUCUACUUACUUCUGGAGGCCUCGGCUUCUGACCGUCAAGGACUUCUGGAUCUUCCUCGCUGCUUCGGGCAUCACCUUAUCUAUGGGCCUGGCGGCCGGCGUGGUGGUUUUGCUGAUCCUCGGGUUCCUUGUCAUUCCCAGCCUACGCGAGGAGCUCAGGAAGAUCGCCACCUUCAGGACUGCGUCCUACAGGAUGCAGUGUUCAAAAGACAGCGAAACCUGGGCUUUGCAUCCAAGCAUGGUGCAUUGGCCCACGAGGGGAGUGCUACUGCGCUGGGCCAAACGGCCGAAAGCCAAGCGGUUCUCGACGGUCUGCUGCCAGGCAAGGCUGUGGCCGGACGCUGCCUCGCUGGAGGGCUUCAAGGGAAUCGUGCGGACGCGACAUAUCCCUGUGGACAAGUUGCCGUGCCCGGAGGAGUUUCCGGAUAUUCGCUGCUUCCUGUUCGUCGUGGAUGUGCAGCAGGACGUCGGGGCAAAGCAAUACUAUCGGAAAGAGUAUGACGUCGAGCUUGCGGCAAUAGGAAAGCUGCAGGCCGAGCAGGAGCAGCCUCCCCUUCAUGCUGGUCGGCCAUAUCAAUUUCAGGUCAUAGCCUUCGAUGCGGCGGGAGCCGUGAUCGAGACAUCUGCGUGGUCGCGGCCCACAAUGAUCGAUGCUCCUAGGAAAUUCGUGGAACUUCCGCUGCUGCUGUGGCAAGGCUGGUGCCGCAUCUUGCCGUCCAGCACCUUUUGCCACUUCCUGAACAAACACUGCGCGAUCCUCCCAGAGGACCCGACCAUGCGGAUCGUGCUGAAGCAGCUUCGGCUGACCCUGGUUGCACCGGGUCCGCCGAGCUUGGCGGGUGCUCCGCCAUCGGUCGCUGGGACAGAGGCACCGGUUCAACAGGUUCAGGUCUGCUUCUCGGCGGGAGGCAACUUCAAGGCAACCGACCACGUGAAGCUUCCGUCGCAGGACGAACGUAGUGAGAAGCGACUUGUGGAGCCGCUCUCCAAGGUGUUCCCGGGCUCCAACCGGAUCGAUCCAAAGCAAGGGUGCAUCGUGCUGGAUGCAUUCAGCAAAGAGCUUCAGCUCGAUGUCGGCCAAGAUGUGGGCGAUCAGCUCACUAUUGAAGUUUCCGUGACAUCGGAGGAUGGAACUGAAACCACAGCUGCGAAGUGGCGGCAUAAUUGGUCGCAUUUGCUGGAUAUCUUCAGCCAUCGCAGAUCGGCCCAGCAGGAACUAGCUGACGAGAUUGUGCUGCUGGACGGGCGAACUCCGGUUGCUUUCCUUUCAGCCCAGUUUGAAAUCAGUAACCCAUGUUUGCCUUCGACGGCACGUCCUCCUCCAGCCAGCAACGAAGGAUUUCCUGGGAUCUUUGAUCGGAUCCGACCUGGUUGCGUGGUGUACUGGAGCGAGUCUGUGAAACUGGAUUGGGAUGCGCCAGCGGCAGUGGACCGGCAGGACAUCGAGGUGGAACUUGUUUUGGUUGGAAACGAAGUGGACGUUUCCAAGCUAGAACAGGGGCGCUGCCAGCCAAAGAGAAAAAGCCUUUCCACCAAACUCGGCUCCAUGCAGCUGCGAUCCGGGCAACACACCCUGGUGAUGUGCUCAUCACACCUGGUAAGGGACGGCAUAAUGUGCUGUCACUUGCAGGCCUUCGUGACGCAAGGAGGCACCAGGCAAUUGGUCCUCUGCAGCCAUCAAUUCGCCUUGGUGAGGCCUGUGCUGAUCCAGGACCUGGAGCUCUGCUAUGCGGGCUUCUGCUCUCGGAACGGCAUCUCAAUGGAACAGAUAGACUAUGACAAGCUCGAUGAUUUUGGGGUGCGAACAACGGAGCGGCUAUUGCACCUUGCCCGCGGUUUCCGUGCUCCACUACCAGUUCCUCACGAGAUGCAGGUCGUCAAGCAUGUUGCAGAACGUCGGGCGGCCUUGCAGAACUCGCCCAGCUUCGUUCUCAUCGAGAACGGCCCGUCGGUCGUCCUCUCUUCGGGGGAAGACUCGCUCCAGCUGCAAGACUGCCGUCUGACACAGGACAUGCUCGAAGGAAUCUACGACAGGGGCGAUGGUCCAACGGCCAAGGCUGGGGGCCGAGCAGUUUCACUUCAAGAGGCAUUGACCACGCCCUUGUUGGCAGGCGGCGAGGAUGGCGAGAAAACCCAAGCACCAAGCCAGCAGAAGCCUCGCUCGGUUGAUGGUCACCGACUGCCGGUGAGAAUCCCCGUCAACGUCUUCUGGAGGCUGGCAAGUGAAUGA